AUGCUGGAAGUUAUUUCCUUGGUCCAAGCUCUUCCACAAGUGGCUCGGGUUCCUUCAAUGCUGGGCACACAAAGUGAAGCAACACUUGACACUUGGGCUCCUCACUUCAUUAUUCCUUCAACAACAGUUACUUGUCUGCCACCUAGUCCAACCAUCAUUAAUGGCUCAGUUACAUGUCUGUCAACUAUUCUAACCAUCAUUAAUGGCCCAGUUACAUCUUCUACUUCCAAUUCGACCACUCAUGUCGACUCUACCUUUUGGACAACCACUCCAGUGGUUUCCAACGAGAGUGAACCAUCAUCAAAUGAGUCCUUGAGCCCAUCAGUUCAUGAUUCAAGUAAGCGCACACUCUCUAAUUCAUCUACUACUUCGUUAUCUUCUAACCAUGACAUCGAUCAACCAAGAAACACUCAUCUAAUGCUUACUCGAGCAAAGAAUAAUAUCCAUAAACCAAUUCAAAAGCUAUGCCUUAACAAUACCUUAUCCGACACAAAAAACAUCACCCAUGUCUAG